AUGCAGAAUCAUCUUUGCGGAUGCUACAUAUACAACUCAGAGACCGCCAGACGUAGCUACUUACCGCAGGUCAAUCUAGACGCUCACACAACAAUCUUGUCAACAGCUUCUCGCACAGUACUGACGCAAACUUUUGUCAAUGGCUCACAAGACACGUUGGACGAGAUAAGGUAUGCUUUUCCAUUGUACGACGGCGUCAGCGUCGUCGAUUUCUACUGUGAAGUUGGAGAGCGCACAAUUUACGGUCUGGUCAAAGAAAUGAACGAGGCCAAAAAGACCUACCAAGAGGCCAAGCAACGAGGUGAAAGUGCUGCAUUGCUGGAACAGCUACCUGAUGCCGCCGAUGUCUUUACAACUACAAUCGGCAAUAUUCCCCAUGACACAGUCGUGAAAAUCACUAUCAAAUAUGUGCAGGAGCUCAAGCAUGAUGCCGAAGUCGAUGGCGUGCGCUUUACCAUGCCAACAGCGAUUGCUCCGCGCUACGGAGGUUACUCUGGAGGUUACGCUUCGGAACUACAAAAAUCACUAAAACCAAUACCGUCUGAAGGGAUUUCAAUAACCGUGGAUAUCAGCAUGGCUGAGGGUAUCCCAAUCAAGAAAAUUGUUUCCCCCUCCCACCCUAUCCAGGUCACUCUUGGUUCAUUAUCUAACAGUGCCAUCGAUGAGGAUCAGUCACUAUCUCGAGGUUCGGCCACUCUUGCUCUAGGUACAACGGCACUUGAGAAAGAUUUCAUCCUUCAAGUGGUUCCAAAGGACAUCGGUGUUCCUCAAGCAAUUCUAGAGAGACACCCAAUAUUGCCAAAUCAACGCGCCUUGAUGGCUACGUUGGUACCAAAGUUCAAUCUCAAGUCGCAGAAACCAGAAAUCAUUCUCAUUGCAGAUCGUUCGGGUAGCAUGCAAGGGGAGAACAUUACCACUCUCAUAUCGGCAUUGAAAAUCUUUUUGAAGUCGAUUCCUCUGGGCUGCACAUUCAACAUCUGCUCUUUCGGGUCAAGGCAUCAGUUCCUUUGGCAUGAAAGCCAGAUAUACGAUGAGAAAACGCUGCAGCAGGCGAUCAAGCAUGUUCAAGAUUUCGACGCAAGCUUCGGUGGAACAGAAACUCUUGCUGCUGUCAAGGCAUGUUGCGAGGCCCGAAGUAAAGAUAGCCCUACUGAGCUUAUUUUGCUCACAGACGGUGACAUAUGGUCUCAGAACGAGCUUUUCAACUAUGUUUUCAGUGCAACCGAAAGUGGAGAUGUACGCGUCUUCCCCUUGGGUAUUGGCGGAGGGGUAUCGAGUGCCUUGAUUGAGGGUGUCGCAAGGGCAGGGCGUGGCUUCGCUCAGAUGGUCACAGACAACGAGAAGAUGGAUAGCAAAGUUGUUCGCAUGCUGAAGGGAGCACUUACUGCACAUAUCAAGGACUAUCGUCUGGAGAUCAAAUAUGAAGAUGGUAAUGUCGAGACGGUCGCCGAUGGCCUUCGCGUACACUUCGAUCCCAAAGACUCCCAGGACUCAAGCGACAAAACCGAAACCAAGCCUAUAUCAUUGUACGACCCUGAUGUCAAAGAAGAGCACCCCAAGGAAGGCGAGUCAAAGGAUAUGUUCGCAGGUCUGCCGGAUCUCAAGCGCCCACCUCUCCUACAAACGCCCCACAAGAUCCCUUCUCUAUUCCCCUUCUACCGCACUUGCGUAUACUUGCUCAUUGCGCCCGAAUCAUCGCACCUGAAGCUCAAGAGCGUGGUCCUAAGAGGCACCUCCCCACAAGGUCCUCUCGAGCUCGAAAUCCCAGUCGAGUUACGCAAAGAUGCCGACGAUAUGAUCCACCAGCUUGCCGCACGAAAAGCAACCCAAGAGCUUGAGGAAGGUCGAGGCUGGAUCGCAGGCGCUACCAUCGACGACACUGGCGUGCUGAUCAAGGACAAGCAUCCAAGCAUAUACACUCUGCUCCAAAGACGCGAAGCCGUACGUCUUGGGGUCGAAUUCCAGGUCGGAGGAAAAUACUGCUCUUUCGUCGCAGUUGAAGCAAACAAAUCCGCCAUUGCUGAGAUGCGCCAGAAAGCUCUGCAAGCAACGAUAGACAGAAACGUUGCUGGCAAAGACGAAGCAGAGGAAGGUUGGGACAUGGUCGAAGAAGACGCUCCAUCAAGUCAAUCUCGGUCGCUGCUCCACUCAACAUCGCGCUCAAGGCCCCUAGCCGGAGCCAUGCUCGGCAACGCCAUGCGUAAAUCAGGUCCAACAUCCUACGGCUCCGCAGCCAUGGGCGGCAGAGGCGGUAUUAGAGGCGGCGCCGCCAUGAGCUUCCUCAAAGCCUCCCCCGCAUUCGCAAGACAGCCGAGAAGUCGAGGCAACUUCUACACCUUAGGAGCUGAAGAAGAAAAAGAGGAAGAGGACGAGGAAUCGGAUGACGACAUGGGAUGUGGAAUUUUUGACGAUGAAGAUAGUGCUGUAGCACCACCCGCCUCCAUCGACUCUGCAAACCCCGCAAAAUUCCUCCAAAGCCUAAUCGCGCUGCAAUCCUUCUCUGGCGCCUGGCCCUCCAUCUCACGUCUUCCAUGCAAGGAAAUGGGCAUCAACCUUGCUGAAGCGCGGGAAGUGGCACAGAGACUUGUAGAUGAUGGCGUAGCAAAGGAUCUGGCGGUGGCGGAACAGUACGUAGCUACGGCUGCGGUGGUGGCCUUUUUGGAGAAGAAGAUGGCGGAUGAGGAGGAGGUGUGGGAGUUGGUUGUUGAGAAGGCGAAGACGUGGCUGGAGGAUACAGUGGAUGCGGCGUAUCUUGAUAGGGUGCUGGUGGCUGGUAAGGGUGUUGUGGGGGUUUAA